AGUAAACCUUUUAAUCUUUACUGGACUUUAUUACAGUUCUGCGAGGUAGUAAACCUGUUCAUCUUUAUUGGACUUCAUUACAGUUCUGCGAGGAUGUUUUUCAAAACCUUUCUUUUGCUGGCAGGCGCGAAUGCGGCUUCAGCCGUUUAUAACGGUGAGUAGAAUUCCCCUGAUGUGUGAUAAAAUGUAUUCCAUACAUGUGUGAUAAAAUGUAUUUCAUACAAAGAACGUGUAGCAUACACUUUUAGGUCCUGCCUGACUUAUAGCCAUAAACUAUUAUUUGGCAAAGUUUCAUGCUAGGCUAUAACGGGUCAGUGUGGCACAGUGACUUCAAUUUUACGCACUAAUUUAUAACCGUCGCAACAUACAGUAUUAUGUGUAUUAUUAUUAAGUGUCAUGAAACAUUUAUAGACAGUUACAUAUUCCAAAGUAUAAAAUACUACACUGAACAAAAAUAUAAACAUGUAAAGUGUUGGUCCCAUGUUUCAUGAGCUGAAAUAAAACAUCUCAUAAAUGUGCCAUACACACAAAAAGCUUAUUUCUCUAAAAUGUUGUGCACAAAUUCGUUUACAUCCCUGUUAGUGAGCAUUUAUCCUUUGCCAAGAUAACCCAUCCACCUGACAUGUGUGGCAUAUCAAGAAGCUGAUUAAACAACGUGAUCAUUACACAGGUGCACCUUGUGCUGGGGACAAUAAAAAGUAACUUUAAAAUGUGCAGUUUUGUCACACAAAAUUCCCUCCAAGGCCUACCCAUGGCUGCACCCCUGCCUAGUGAUGUGAAAUCCAUAGAUUAGGGUCUAAUGAAUUUAUUUCAAUUGACUGAUUUCCUUAUAUGAACUGUAACUCAGUAAAAUCUUAGAAAUUGUUGCGUUUAUAUUUUUGUUCAGUAUAAGUCAUUUACAUUUACAUUUUUAGUCAUUUAGCAGACGCUCUUAUCCAGAGCGACUUACAGUUAGUGAAUGCAUACAUUUUUCAUACUGGCCCCCUGAGGGAUAUUUAUGGAGUUUUAUUAUAGACCUACAUUUUAUCCUUUGCUUUUCUUGGCUGAUAUAACUCUCCUUUUUAUGAAGCAAAAAACAGGUUAAAAUGUAUUGCGAUAGGAUUUUAGAAGUGGUCUUGUUGAAUACAUCAUUUUAUUGACAGAACCAGCAUUUUAUCGACAAUGAAAAGGGGAUUUUAAAGAAAGUUACUCCAUUACCCAUGGAAGACCCCUCAUUUUCAGGACACACUUCAUCCCAUUUCCAAGGGGAUCCUAUAGGAACUUCAAACUCUCUGAAGAUCAAACAGUCUCUGUUUCAGGCCCUCCUCACCACUGCGCUCUAUGACUAUUAUAAUGUAGACUGCAGUGCUCCACACACCUACUCCCAUGUGUGACUGACUCACGUCUCUGUGUUGUUUUUCUCCAAAGGCAGCACCAUCGUGAGGACCUUCGCCAUAAGGUUAGUCACGGAAGGGUCCCUGGUCACAGACGAGCCAAUAGAUCUAGACCUACUGGACAACUACCCAGACGAAGACAGUAAUGGGCCCGGAGUCGGACUAAACAAUGUGUCCGGACCGGGAGAGAGAGUUGGGUUUAUAAACGGGUCCAGACUGGGACCAUUGGAACUGGGCUCUGCCAGGAAUGCUACAGGAGUCUGGUUUUACGCUAUCUCUGUUAUGGCCAACGACUUCCUCACAGGCCACCUGUCCACCAUCUUCAUCCCGACACUUUACACCAUCAUCUUCCUCAUCAGCGUGCCCCUUAACACUGUUGCCAUGGUGACUUUUGUCCGACGGAUCCGGCCCAUGAAGCCGGCAGUGAUCUACAUGCUGAACCUGGCAGCCGCCGACCUGCUGUUCGCCCUGCUGCUGCCCUUCAAGAUCAUCUACCACUACAAUGGCAAUGACUGGUUCUUCGGCGAGGGGCUGUGCCGCCUGGUCACUGCAGCCUUCUACUGCAACAUGUACUGCUCCGUCCUCCUCAUGACCUGUGUCAGCGUGGACCGCCUUCUGGCGGUGGCCUACCCCAUCGACUCCCUGGCCUGGAGGAGCCCCCGCAACGCAGCCUUAGCCUCCAGCGCCAUGUGGAGCCUGGCUGUGGGCGGCUCGCUGCCUCUUGUCCUCUCACAGCAGACAGUCUACUACAACCCACUGGAUAUCACCACCUGCCAUGACAUCCAGGACCUGGAGCUGUUAGAGGGGCACUACCUCUUCUUCUUCCCUACGCUCUCCUGUACCCUCUACUUCCUGCCGCUGAUCGUCAUGGUGACCUGUUACUCCCGGGUGGUGCAGGUGCUCAAAAAGUCUCCGUGCGGUGUUGUAGGUAAAUACAAACCAGGGAAACCAGACAAUAAUGUACUUAAUUUGGCUAAUCUGUUUCUUAAUCUUGAUUCAGCAUGUUUGUUUUAAAAAUGUUUCUCAUUAGAGGAUAAUAAUAUUUUCUAUUGUAAUUUGAUCUGAUCUAGGUCGUUCGAGGCAGAAGGCGCGGGCUGUGGUGAUGGCGGUCACCGUGCUUGUGGUGUUCGUGGUCUGUUUCACGCCCACCAACUCCAUUCUCCUCGCUCACUACCUCCAGAUCGCUGGGCAGGUGAGUGGGGAGCCGGAUACUACCCACGUGGCCUACCUGGUGUCACUAUGUGUGGGGAGCAUCAGCUGCUGCCUGGAUCCCCUGGUCUACUAUUCUGGCUCGUCCCAGUGCCAGAGGAAGCUGGAGGGGGCGCUGGGAUGCCGGGCGGCCGCCGAGGGAAGGAAGAGUCUGGCCUCAUCCUCUGGUUCCUCCAAGACCAGCACCAGGACCAGAAUCAGCACGAGGACCAGCACUAGGAUUACUAAGGUGGACACCUUCCAGGCCAGUCUCAGCAGCCAGUACAAGAAACUCCUGGUCUGAUGGAUGGAUGGAGACACAGAGAGCUGUUUCUGAUUCACUCACUAAAGUAAAGAAUAUACUGUAUAUAUAGUAUAUACUGUAUUUUCACUGUUUCAGACAGUGCAAGAAGCUUCUGGUCUGUAAGAUAGACAUGGACCAAAGCUAGGCUAUAUCUGAGUAGAAAGAAUGGAUUUGGCUUGUAUGAUAAAUUCAGUCAGACAUUCAUCCAUAGCCAGUGGCCAUCACACUAUAGGUCUGGGUUAGCUAUGCCCAACUCUAAAUAUAAAGAAGAGAUAUACAUUUCCCUUGUUUCAGACAGUGCAAGAAGCUGCUGUUCUGAUUGACACGGGCCAAAAUUGUUUCUGAGCUGUACCCAACUACAGUACCGAGAAGAUAUAUUUAGGGUAAGAGAAAAGGAAAAUGUAAAUCUUUUGAAAAUGUAAUGGAUAAUACAAUUUAUCUUUAUCUUAAAUAUAUUUAUACAAAUGAAUUAAAAAUGAAAAGUUGAAAUGUCUUCAGUCAAUAAGUAUUCAAUAUUUUUGUUAUGGCAAGCCUAAACAAAGUUCAGGAGAAAAUAAUUGCUUAACAAGUCACAUUAUAAGUUGCAUUGACUCACUCUGUGUGCAAUAAUAGUGUUUAACAGGAUUUUUAAAUGAGUACCUCAUCUCUGUACCCCACACAUACAAUUAUCUGUAAGGUCCCUCAGUCAAGCAGUGAAUUUCAAACCCAGAUUCAACCACAAAGACCAGGGAGGUUUUCCAAUGCCUUGCAAAGAAGGGCACCUAUUGGUAGAUGGGUAAACAUGUAAAAAAGCAGACACUGAAGUUAUGAAUUACACUUUGGAUGAUGUAUCAAUACACCUAGUCACUUCAAAGAUACAGGCGUCUGUAGGAGCGACGUCUUUUCAUGAACAGGGUGGUGUACCUUAAUAAACUGGCCACUGAGUGUAUAUUAUCACUACAAUAACUUUAGCUCACACUCAUUAUUACUAAAUUGUCCAUUUGUGUGAAUGUAUUAUCGAUGCAUUCAGAAAUGGAAGCGCUGUUUGACUACUCAAAUACCCAAACAAGUCGAGCAAAACGCGUCAGAACAGGUACUACGCUGCGUACAGACACCCUUGCGCACUCAGCGUACGAAAUAUAACGCAUUGCUGUACCACUUCGAGAGUAAGAAGUGCUGUGAUACCCCCUACUGGUGUGAAUUAUACUCAUUUCAAGUCAAGGACAUUUUACAGCACUUUGUCACAGUCCUGCAUGUUGCAUUACAUACAGCAGGUGAUGCUACAUACUUAUUUAGUACAAACAAGUAUUUUGUUUGCUAAGUGGGACUUAUAUUUGGUAUGGAGGAUAACAUUAAAUGAAAAAAAUAUUAAAUGGUCUUAAAGAAGGUAUUUGUGCCAUACAGUUACAGAACAUUAUAAAAAAACUAUGGUAAAUGUUUCAAAUAAAGCUAUCCGAUUUUUUUGUGUGUGAUGAUGUAUAUUUUGUUUGUGGUUUAAUUUCUUUAAAAUGUAUUUAAGGAAUACAAAUAAUGGACACAGGCAUUGUGAAUAGCUGAAAUAUUGAGUAAUACAUGUUUAUGCACACACACACACACACACACACACACACACUGGCAGUGUCUCAUCAAUUGUGUCUCAUCAUAAUUUCAGGUAGUUCACCAAAUUAACUAUACAAUAAAACCCCCCCCCCGAUCACCACCAUUCCAUUCCUCCGUUUCACCUGUACAAAGACAACAUAGCAAGAGAAAAGCACCCGAGAGUCCUCAAGAAACUAGCCAUCUGCUCUGUUUUAUUGACCAAACAGAGAUGCUAGUGACUAAGUCAAGCAAAAAGAUCAAACUGUUGGAACUUCCACUGAGACUGCCUUGAGUACACUGGACCUGAUGCAAGACACACCACUUUCUCAUUACUCUCAUAAACCUUUGCUCUGUGUUGCAACUGGCAACAUAUAGACAGAGAGGAGGGCAGGAGAGAUCAGCAGACAGGGAAUCAUAUUAUUUAACUGUGAAGAAAUGUUCUUGAUGCACUCCUCUUUUCCACUAUUAACUAGCCUACCUACUACACAUGCUGGUAGGCCUACUCUACUGCAGUGCUGAGCUGUACAUUUCCUUAGGCCUAUACUUGUCAAGAAGACACAUUUGCACAUCCGUUUUUCUGCAGGUGGUAGUGAAGGUGCCCCUAGGCACAGCUCUAGGAUCAGCUUAUACCUUCCCUAAAUUCCAACUUGAAGCCUAAGUGGAAAAAUAUAAAACUGACCUUAGAUCAGUGUCUGAGGGCAACAUUUUGACCUACUAUAUCCCCUCAGCCAGUUAGCCUGAACAACACAGGUGUGCAUGGUCACGUGUCUUAUGACAUCACGCAGGUAUUUUUCUUCCCACCUGUUAUGAAAGGAAGGGGUGUGGUACCCUAUCUCUUCAGUUCACUUCAACGUCGCACAGACAAAAGGAAUACACAAAGGCGUGUAUCAGCAUUCAACACUUUUCAUACAUCGCAGAUAGAUCAUUGUUGGAAAGUUUUGUGGAAGUUAACAUGAAUUUCAAGCCACAUUGGUUGAAACAUAUAUUUUUAUUGGCCUGCGCCGAUCUCUGUCUGUCUCAGAAAAAUGGUAAGAGAGCCUUUACCCUCUUUCUCUCGUUAUUGAUGUUUUUUUCCCCGAUCAGAUAAACAACGUUGUUACGCUAUUCUUUAUUGCCUUGGGCAAUUUAUUGAGUCGGAUUCCCUCUGAUUCCUGAAUGCAGAGAUUGUGAAAUACCCUGACUUGUCAUGUUGUGAUGGUAUUUCCAAUGUCGGGUGUGGUUACAAACCUCAAGACGCCAAUGAGUGAUGUCAUUAUCCCACAUGACAAUGGGUUUCUCCAACAUUGCAGCCGACAGUGCAGGCGACUUCUGACUGAUUUAUCUACACAUCACCUUGCAUCAUAAAUAACGACUCAUUAGUAUCAGUUAGUCAGUCACAAUUUACCCAUGAUACAUCACGGUUUUGACGCUCUCGAACACGGCCUCAGACGCACUAAUCUUCAAAGAUUUUUGAGAAGGGUGCAAUUGCGCCCCGGAAUUCGGGGCGUUCCUGCAUGUGGGCAUCUGCAGGAACCCCUCUUUAUACACUACAUCACCAAAAGUAUGUGGACACCUGCUCGUCAAACAUCUCAUUCCAAAAUCAUGGGCAUUAAUAUGGAGUUGGUUCCCCUUUGCUGCUGUAACAGCCUCCACUCUUCUGGGAAUGCUUUCCACUAGAUGUUGGAACGUUGCUCCGGGGAUUUACUUCCAUUCAGCCACAUUAGUGAGGUCGGGCACUGAUGUUGGGGGAUUAGGCCUGGCUUGCAGUCAGCAUUCCAAUUCAUCCCAAAUGUGUUAGAUGGGGUUGAGGUCAGGGCUCUGUGCAGGCCAGUCAAGUUCUCCACACCGAUCUCGACAAACCAUUUCUAUGGACCUCGCUUUGUGCACGGGGGCAUUGUCAUGCUGAAACAGGAAAGGGCCUUCCCCAAGCUGUUGCCACAAAUUUGGAAGCACAGAAUCAUCUAGAAUGUCAUUGUAUACUGUAGCAUUAAGAUUUCCCUUCACUGGAACUAAGGGGCCUAGCCCGAAACAUAAAAAACAGUCCCAGACCAUUAUUCCUCCUCCACCAAACUUUACAGUUGGCAAUAUGCAUUGGGGCAGGUAGCGUUCUCCUGGCAUCCGCCAAACCCAGAUUAGUCCGUCGGACUGCCAGAUGGUGAUGCGUGAUUCAUCACGCCAGAGAAUGCGUUUCCGCUGCUCUAGAGUCCAAUGGCGGCGAGCUUUAGACCACUCCAGCCGACGCUUGACAUUGCGCAUGGUGAUCUUAGGCUGCUCGGCCAUGGAAACCCAUUUCAUGAAGCUCCCCUGACAAACAGUUAUUGUGCUGACGUUGCGUCCAGAGGCAGUUUGGAACUCGGUAGUGAGUUUUGCAACUGAGGACAGAUGAUUUUUACGCACUACGGCAGUUCCAUUCUGUGAGCUUGUGUGGCCUACCACUUCGCAGAUGAGCUGUUGUUGCUCCUAGACAUUUCCACUUCACAAUAACAGCAAUUACAGUAGGUAGCAGUAAUGCACCAUAACGUUGGAUGCCAACUGCCGAUAAACCCCACAGAAGACGAGACGGGGGCAACAACGGUAUCUAGCUAGCUAGGACAAUGGUAGACACUGUCCUUCGCCCCCACCUGUCAGGCACUGUUUUCCAUCAGUUCUGUUAACGAGGGUGAGAGCAGUUGUUUGGCAGGCGUUUAGGAACUUGGGUGCUAGCUAGCUAGUUAGCAAGCUAGGACUCUGGUACACAGCAGGCGGGAAAGAUGGAGGAAUGGCCACCUGCAGGAACGCACUAUUGAUAUUCUUUACUGAAAAUGACCUUCUUAAGGGGUAUACUACAAAGCAGGAUCAAUGACUUUAUUUUCUGGUUCAUAAAGAAAGCUACACUUAGAUACAGUAUGUGUUUUUGGUUUUUGAGUUAAGUAGACCAUGCCCAUUUUAAGCUUAUCCUCAUCCUCCUUGUUCCUCAUUUUAGUAUACCCCUCUGGCGUCUUAUUAGUUGAUUUCAAAUAAAUGUUGUGUACUUUUGAUUUAGUUUACAUAAGAACAAUAGACAAUGUAUAAUUGAGGCAUGUACCUGACAGCGAAGUAAAUCAAUCACUAAUGUCUAUUGUAUUUAAAUAAAUGGCAUACAAUCUAACCCCAUUGUUAGAAGUCCAUAAACAGCCCUGUUUAUACUCACCUCUCCUCUCUUUCUCAGAGCGGUUUGAUGCUGACGUUGAAGACCGAGGAUUCACAGGGAACGAGACAAUGGAGGGGGUAAGGGUCUCCUUGACGGCCCGCAUGGUUCUGGACAGUCAUCUGACCACUGUGUUCCUCCCCAUUGUCUACAUAGUGGUGUUUGCUGUGGGGCUGCCCACCAACACCAUGGCCAUCUGGGUCUUCCUGUUCAGGACCAAGAAGAAGCACCCUGCCGCCAUCUACAUGGCCAACCUGGCGCUGUCCGACCUGCUGUUUGUCAUCUGGACGCCCCUGAAGAUCGCCUACCACUUCAACGGCAACGACUGGAUCUAUAGAGAGAGGCUGUGUAAAGUGCUGGUGGGCUUCUUCUAUGGGAACAUGUACUGCUCCAUCCUCUUCAUCACCUGUAUCAGUGUCCAGCGCUACUGGGCCAUCGUUCACCCCCUCUCCCAGAAAUGUAGGGACAACCAGGUAGCCAUCGGUAUCUCGGUCGCAGUCUGGGUGGGGGUCUGGCUGCUGACCACCCCUCUCUACCUCUACGACCAGACAGUCAAGGUGACCAACCUCAACAUCACCACCUGCCAUGAUGUCAUCCGGCCCAGCCAGAAUAGCAUGGCCGUCGGCUACUUCCUGACCAUGGGAACCCUGGGAUUUGUAGUUCCCACUGUGGUGUGCGUGGUGGCCUACGUUCUGAUGCUCAAGUCGCUAAGGCACUCCAUGACGAACGCCAGCAUCACCAAGAAUCGGCACAAGGCUGUGGUGCUCAUCAUCACUGUGCUGGUCAUGUUCCUGGUCUGUUUCACCCCCAGUAACAUCAUGCUGCUUGUGCACUACUCCCUCCUGCUGGCCGGAGUAGUGAACAAUGGCUAUGGCUUUUACAUCACCACCCUGUGUCUGGCCAGCCUCAACAGCUGUGUGGAUCCCUUCAUCUACUACUUCAUCUCAGAGGAGUUCAGGGAGCAUGUAAAGAACACGCUGAGGUGCCGCAGCGAGAGGACAGUGGCGAGGAUGAGGGUCUCGUUCAGCGCUCUAAAGUACUCCAAGAAGAAAAGCACCUACACCUCAGACUCAGGGAACACACAGAGCAGCUCCGGUUAG